CAAAGGCCCAUGGUCCUCCACUUCCUGGAGAGGCAGCAUCAGAACAAAGCCAGCAGAGACUCCUUCACAGCCUCCUUUCUUCUCCAUUGUCCUAUCCAUAGUUGUCUUGGCUUCGGCAUCUUGGCACAGUCCUGGGAGAAGGACAAGAUGAAGUGGAAGAUACUUGUUCUGGUGGCCAUAAUGCAGACACAGUUCUCCAGUACAGAGGCACAGAGCUUUGGCUUGCUGGAUCCCAAACUCUGCUACCUGCUAGAUGGAAUCCUCUUCAUCUAUGGUGUCAUCAUCACUGCCCUGUUCCUGAGAGCAAAGUUCAGCCCCAGUGCAGAGGCUGCCACCUACCAGCCAGGCCAGAACCAGCUCUAUAAUGAGCUCAAUCUAGGACGAAGGGAGGAAUAUGACAUUUUGGACAAGAGGCGGGCCCUGGAUCCUGAGAUUGGAGGAAAGCAGCAGAGAAGAAGGAAUCCCCAGGAAGGCUUGUAUAAUGCAUUGCAGAAAGAUAAGAUGGCAGAGUCCUACAGUGAGAUUGGGAUGAAAGGCGAGCGGCGGAGAGGCAAGGGACAAGAUGGCCUAUAUCAGGGGCUCAGCACUGCCACCAAGGACACCUAUGAUGCUCUCCACAUGCAGACCUUGCCCCCUCGCUAACAGCCAAGGGACUUCAUACUGAGAGCCUGACCUGCUGACAACUAGAUUGUGAAGAACACAGGACAAAGUAUUUACAACACAGUUCAUUCCUUUUUAUGGACAGGAUGCUUCAAAUGGUCACAUUUGGCCUCUAAUUCAAAACUUCCAUAUACAGAAUGUUAUCCCUCCUGGACUCUUUAAAAGAGAGUUGUCCCGCUUUCACCCCAGAAUGAAUGGCCCUGUUCUUAGGCCUGUGGUUCACUCGUAACUAGGCAGGCCCAUCUCCCUGCAAUUCUGUAAAGGGAACCCCCAAAUGUUAGCAUAAAUCCCUGCCUGAAUUGUUGUUUUUAUUUGAAUGGCUUUGCUCUGGCUGUAUAUUUGGCUUUUUAAUGUCAACCUUCCCAUGUCUAGGUAGCUUGUAAUUGGGCCAUGUGUAAAGGGACUGGGCAGAGGGACAGUGGGAGUGAGCCUGGAUGAGUUUCACCUGACAGAGGGGCUGAAGGGAAGCAGGAAGUGGGGGAAGGUCUGGGUACAGGGUACCAUUAUGAAGGGGUCAGAAAGGUCUGCUUUCUAUAUCACCAAGAGUGCCAGGCACUCCAAGGACAAACUGGCCUUAUCUUACAGAGCUCACAUUUCUUAGAGGACAAAUGAUGUUUAUAAAUAUGUAGGAUAUGUCAUUACAGAGGAUGGGAAAAGCAUAGGGUUGGGGGUCAGAGCAAGAGAAAGGAACAAGUCCUGCCAUUCUCCUUCUACUUGGCUAUUCCAUAUGGUGAGCAGACUCAGAAGACUAACAGACUCAGAAAACUGCGCAGCUGUGGGCAAUGGCACACACCUCAGUCAGUAUACUGCAAUCCUGCUAUGUAAUGAAAGUGUACAUGGCCUUGAACAGAAAAACUCCUUUGUUCUGCUUGGUUUUAAUUUAUACUGGCUACUCAAGCCUUAUUAUUUUGCAUAAUAAAUGUCUUGGUGAAAA